AUCAGUGUAUCUUUUUUAAGCUCCACCUUCGAUGUUGCAGAGUUUCUUGUUAUGGGUAAGGGCAGAUCUUGGGCCAUGGAGUCCACUUGUAUUGGCUAUUGCAUAUACUCCUCUCACAGUCCUUGCAGCUCCUUCUUCAGUACUUACAGUUGGGGGUGGUUAUCUUUUUGGAUUGCAUGUGGGAUUUAUUGCUGAUUCUAUUGGUGCUACAAUGGGUGCAACAGCUGCAUUUAUCCUUGGUAGAACAAUUGGAAGAUCAUAUGUCCUCUCCAGGCUAAAGAACAACAGAAAGUUUCAGGCUGUGGCUCUUUCCAUUGAGAGAUCUGGUUUUAAGAUAGUUUUGCUGCUUCGGCUUGUUCCUUUAUCGCCAUUCAAUGUGUUGAACUACUUGCUCUCUGUGACUCCUGUUAAUGUUGGGGAGUACAUGGCAGCAACUUGGUUGGGAAUGAUGCCUUCAACAUUUGCAGUGGUAUAUGUCGGAACAACCCUAAAGGAUUUCUCUGGUGUCACACAUGGAUGGAAUGAGUUUUCAACAACUCAUUGGGUUUGCAUGGCUCUAGGUUUUGUAGUAUCUGUUCUUUUGAUAGUUUGCAUUGCUAAAGUUGCUAAGGCUUCUUUGGACAAAGCACUGGCUGACAAUGCCAAAAUGGAGGCCAAAUUGACUCCAUCAAUGCUCCCAAUUGUUGCAGAUUCUUCCUCGGCUACACGGACGCCCCUUAUAAUUACAAUAGACUCGUCGAGGCUGCACGGUUAAAGACCAAGACUUAUUUGAUGUAGGUACUCCUCUCUCUAGUUUUACCUAAACAAUAAUUUAGAUGAUAAAAGAAUACGAAGAGCAUAGAAAAGGUGGAAGCUCUUUUCUGUUUUUCUCCUCAUUUUUUACGAUUGGUGCGCAAGAAUCCACUAAAAUAGCACCCCACAUUUUGAACCUAGAGAUGGAAUUAUGAGGCAGCUGUGGCCUAUAUAUGUUACUCAAGUCACUAAUAGCACUACUUUUGUUGUAAACGUAAAGCUAAAACGUUGUUUAAUGAGCUGAAAAAAAUGAACAUGAUGCCAAUGUCAGCUGUUGAAUUGUGUAGACUCACUUGUCACAUGAGUACCAAAACUGGUUCAAUUCAUUUUUGUUAUAAACAAUUGUUUCUCCA